CCGGCCGAAACGGAAGAAGAUGCGACAGUUACUAUUUACGGGCUUCAACGCAUUUGGCCAGCAUGAAUUUGUAAACAGCCCCCACGACGAGCGCGCUGCCAGUGCCAGUGCAGUGUGUGCAGGCUUUAGUGAAUUAAAUGCGCACGACGGCGGCAACAGCAACAGCAACAGCAAAAAGAAUCAGUGCACGAUCUCGAUCGCUUGGCGUUACACUGCCUAUGCCCUAGACCGGAAGUUGCGACUGCGGGGCCUGCUCGAGACGGAGCCAGGCGAUUGCGUGGAAGUGGAAGCCCCUGGAGAGAUAAAAGCAUUGGCCGCUGGCGACUCGCACUGCCUGGUUCUGCUGUACACUGGCGAACUGUACAAAAUUCAGCCCAAAUUGGAGGCGACUUUGCAAGCGAUACGACUGGAAAGUCCCCCCAGACCAAGUACGGCAACGAAGCGGACUAUUUUCGGGGCGGCCAAGGCUCCAGCACCUCCCAUUAUCGAGCACAUUGCCUGCGGAACGAACAUCAAUGUGGCAAUCAGCUCUGAAAAUGCGGUCUACUCCAUACCCAGUUGCCUGCAUCAGUUUCCCGAUCGCCAGUGGCGAGUCCAGCAGCUGGAAUGUGGACAUGAGCAUGCCCUGCUUCUCAAUGGCAACGGCGACGUAUACACCUGGGGAAAUGGUCUUCGCGGUCAGUUGGGACAAAUGGCGCUAGGAGUGGAAGAAACGCCCCAAUUGAUAGAGGCGCUAGCGGGGAUCAAGAUAACUGGCAUUGCUGCCGGCGGAUGGCACAGUGCGGCUAUAUCCGCAUUCGGAGAUCUCUACACUUGGGGGCUCAACUGCAGCGGCCAACUUGGCAUGCGCGUUAUGAAACCCGGUGGCUUGCUGAAGGAGCCCACCGUGUAUCCCCUACCACAGCUGCAUGAUCUGCCCGAGUGCUGCUGCUCCAGCAGAGAGAACGAGAGUGGGGAUGAUGAAGGCGUCUGUGAGCCUCUCAGAGUUUUCGCCGGCUCUCGUCACACUCUGCUGCUUCGGCGGUGUGGGAGGCUAUGGGCUAGUGGCUGGUGCAUACACGGUCAGUUGGGCAAGCAACUGUGUGAGCAGAACUUUUUGGACUCAUUCCAAGCUCUAGAUGGAGUUGGUGUAGACCUCGAUUUCGUCAACGGCCUAUGCGGGCCUUGGGCAACGCUGCUCGUGGUGACGGCGAAGCAAAAGAAGAGUGUUUCCUCUGCUGAUGCCAUUUCUUGAGUGCACAGGUCAUCUACCUGUUCUAAUGGGGUUCGAAUAGGGUUAGAGCUAGAGCAACCUGUUUUCUUGUGCAGUAUUUUGUGGCACCAGACUAGAUCAAGUUGGAAUUUGUGGCCCACCGGAUUCCGCCCCCCUAAAUCGAGCAUCCUGGUCCACAGACAAAUUUGCAUGCAGACAUUACAUGGAUACAUACACUUAUAUAUAUUGUUUACAAUUUGAUUAUUUUUAUAUUUUUCUUAAUUUAUAAUUCGAACUUUGCUUGUGAUCUGCGGGCACAUGGUGUUCCAAGAAGAAAACCUUAACACUCUGGGUCACUGUUUUGCUCUAAGACUUACACCACCACCGAUGGUAAUAGAUAUGAUCGCGCAGCAAAAUAAAAUCGCUCCCAUUGAUCCAAAAAUAA